UGCACGGCGUCGCGACGCUCAACGGCGCUCACUUCAAUCCUCGCCGCGUGGCCGACUCGGACCGGGACCGAAUUUUGAACCGGAAGUCGCGCGCUUUCGCCCGGACCACCUCUCGGUGAUCGAUGCGGCUCCUCGGACAGUAAUCCUCGAGAUUACCAUCGAUCUACCCAUCCGAUGACCUUGAGUCGUGCGGGGUGCGCGAGUGAAGCGGAACGCGGAGCACGGAGAUGCGGACCUGUGGCGAGCCGAGGACGCAUCGCGAGCAUGAUCGUCGGGUCGAUCGGGUCCUGGGAACGUGCCACGGGGUCCUCUGAGUUGCGUCGCUCUGGUGAUCUAACGGGACUUUCGGUUCGACCUUCAGAGUUUCGGAACCCAACGAGAGCUUCGAAAACCUUCUAAAGCUGCGACAGCUUCUGGAUUUCGACUAAGCUAUGAUAUCGCACGAUUAGAAUCGCAGUCGGUGGUCAGAAUCGUUCGCUAGUAGCCAUUAGGCUACCGCAGAACGAUCCGAGAGAGGCAGCUACCUGGUCGAAUGGAAACAAUCGACGGGAGUCCAGCGAACGUUGAGUCGAGCUUGCGGAAGAUUCGAUCGAAGUGCUGCUCGACCAGCUAGAUCCAAGAAGUAGAAGAUCCUGGCUAUGGAUCCUCCGGCUCGUGGAUCGCGAAGAAGCUUCUCGUGAAUGGUUCGGUUGCACACGGAAGAUGUCUAGACUGCUUAUGGGACUCUAGGCCGAAGAUGGGACUACGGACAUGACGAAGCGUGACGUCGAGAACUGAGUCUCUCCGGGACCUCGCACGGCUGUCUUCGUCAUAGUUCUGCACUCGAGGAACACGCAAGAAUGCUCGGAAGAUGAUUGAAUAUUAACGGGGAAGGUGUCAGUGACUCUGUAAAGUUGCUGCCACCGUGAAACUACCGCCGGUGCGGGAUGGAGCUGAACGGAACAGAACUCGGCCUGAACGGCACCGAAACUAAUCGCACAUCAUCGCCUGUUUUCAUCAUUAGCACUCAUUACAUGACGCAAUGGAAACGGGAGAGACAACGGGAACGUCUUUGUCGCAUGUCCAACCAGGUUUUAACGGAAUGCACCCAGUUUAAUGGAACAUGGCCUGACCCGGAUGAUCCGCGCUGGAGCAGCGGUGAAUACGUGGAAGUUCUGUCAGACCUGUUCCCGACAAAUAAUACCAACUGUUGCUCGAUAGCUGGCACCACAACAGCUUUAUCGACCGCGGAAAGUUUCAUACCUGCUGAACCACCCUUCGAACUCUGGCAAACGAUACUGAUUGCUGUCUGCCUCGCAUUAUGUAUACUGUUAACUGUCGGCGGUAACAUUCUCGUUCUUCUGGCGUUUAUCGUAGAUAGGACUAUCAGGCAACCCAGCAACUACUUCAUCGCAUCAUUAGCAGCCACCGAUGUGCUUAUUGGUACAGUCUCGAUGCCGUUCUACACGGUAUACGUCCUAAUGGGCUACUGGAACCUGGGUUCGCUGCUGUGCGACCUGUGGCUGUCCGUGGACUACACGGUCUGCCUGGUCUCCCAGUACACGGUCCUCCUGAUCACGAUCGAUCGGUUCUGCUCGGUAAGAAUCGCGGCUCGCUACCGGAGUUGGCGGACCAAGAACCGAGUGAUCUGGAUGGUGUCGAUCACCUGGAUCAUCCCGGCGCUGCUGUUCUUCAUCAGUAUCUUCGGCUGGGAGCAUUUCACGGGUCGCAGGGACCUGAGCCCCGGCCAGUGCGCGGUCCAGUUCUUGAAGGAGCCAGUGUUCAACACCGCUCUGAUCAUAGGCUACUACUGGACCACGCUGGUGGUGCUCUUCAUCCUCUACGGCUGCAUCUUCAAGACCGCGUACGACAUGCAGAAGAAGAGCGAGAUCAAGCAGAGACAGAUGCAGUUCGUGGUGGCGCAGAGCGCGGGCGCCAUGUCCGGGAUGGCGGCCAGCAUAGGGAUGUCGAAGACGCAGAGCACCCUGCUGAGCCAGGACAAGCAGAAGAUGGCUACCUCGGCGGAAGACGGCGGCGACGGCGACGGGUCCGGGCAGAAGACGUCCUCGAAGACAUCUACGGGUCUCGGUGACUCUGCGGGCAAGCAAGCCAGCACCUUGGCCGCUGAGACCGAGAGGUCCGAGCCCUCCAGCAGCCCCAUGGUCGACUCCGACGAGGAGAGCACAUGCGGCCCGUCUCAGCACCAGACCCACCUCAGGAAGCGGUCGUCGGUAGCGGACCUGGUGGCGCAGUCGGGAGCGUUGCAGGUCUUCGUCGCCAACAGCUGCCUGAACGGCAUCGUCCCAGCGAAGACCCUACCUACUAGUCCCACCUGCGACACGCAGAGGGCGCAAGCACUGCCCAGGAUCCAGGAGACCAGCCUCCUGGACACUGAAAACCCGGACAGGUCGAGCAGCCACACCCUGACGCCGGAGCAGUCGCUGAAUUCCAAUGGGGAAGCGGGUAGCAAGCAAGCUAUACCCUCCGCGGAGACCUCGCCACCCACGCAGCCUACCAGGUCCAUCAGCGGCAGCCAGCAGAACAUCAUCCCCCCGCCUAUGCAGUUCCAGAGCAGCCCUCCAGUCUCGGACAGCCCCCUAACUUCCUCGUCGAUCGACAGACCUAAGUCCCUAGUGGUGACUCAGAGAACCUACGACAUCUUGACGGGUCUCGACAGCGCCGACUUGAGGUUCAUGGACGAAAGCUCGGUGAUCCUGCCCAGCCCCUCCUGCGAAAGCCCGCCGUCCUCCUUCUCUUGCAGCCUGGCGCACCCGCUCUCCACGGCACCGUCUUCGCCGAUCCUCGGCAACACGACAGCAGCGCCUAGCACCACGCUGCUGCAAACAGCGCUGAUCAGGGCGACGCAGGCGCAAUCUAUCAACACGCAGAGCAAGCACAGCCAGCCGCCCAUGUCCAACGCUUCCAGCCAGACCCAUCCUCCCAGGGUGUUCAUAACGCAGAAGACGAACGUGGCGUCGCAGACCUCGCCGGUCAGCAAAGUGCAGACGGAGGUCAGCGUGAAGGUAGAGGACGCUAAGCAGCAGCCUGUCACCACGGUCGUCAGCGCCCCCGAAACGUUCAGCAUGGUGAUGAGCCAGCUUUCCGAGGCCAGCAAGGCCGGCAAUGCUCAAAACUCGUCUUCUAGCGGCAGCAUGGUGCCCACGAUCUCUGGAACCACCGGGAACGAGGACUCGAAGAAGCAGAAGAAGAGGGAAAGCAGGGACGGAGGGUCCAGGAGGGACUUCGUCAAGACUUUCGGGAAGAGGCUCAAGAGCAAGACUCAGAGGAGGGACCCCACCAUGGGUAGGCAGAAGUCUCGGACCGAGAACAGAGCUGGAAAGGCGUUCAGAACCAUCUCCUUCAUCUUGGGGGCUUUCGUCGUCUGUUGGACGCCGUAUCACAUCAUCGCCCUGGUGGAGGGCUUCUGCUCCGAUCCGCCCUGCACCAACGGACACCUCUUCAUGUUCUCCUAUUUCCUCUGCUACGCCAACAGCCCCAUGAACCCCUUUUGUUACGCGCUGGCUAACCAGCAGUUCAAGAAGACCUUCACCAGGAUACUGAAAGGGGAUCUGCAUAUGACGUAAAGGGGACGACCGGAAGGCCUUCCGUAGAUAAUUUUGAAAUUUACGCAUCGUGCCAUGUCGAUGCUGAAACUGGACAAUAAAAGUAGCAUAACGACGCGAUACACAGUAUUGUGCGCUUUCUGUAUAUAGAGGCUAGGACGCGUUCAUAGAGUUUUAGGUCGCAUUCAACGGUGUAUAUACUGUAUAUGUAUGGGUGUUUGUUUAACGCGUACGGACUUCCGAAAACCCGCCGAACUCGAUCGCGCUGAAACUAAGCACAUAGCUUCGUUUCGCAUAGAAACAACGUUUGCCAGAUGGAUUUCUUGCGACUCGAAAGUCGCCGUACAAAAUUUUGCAUAAAUUACUUUACCAUUUUCACGCGCGAGUUUCUCUCAAAUGUCGCGCAGAGCCCUGCUUUAGGUGAAAAGAGCGUCUGCGAAAGGGACUUUUGGCGGCUCGAAAAUUAAAGCGCACAAUUUUACAGAAAUUGCUUUACCAUUUCUCUGAUUUUCCGUAGAACUCUGUUUUAGGUGAAAACCGUGUUUGCGAGAAGGAUUUUCGGCGACUCGAAAAACUGUUGUGCUCAAAUUUCGUCCAAAUUCUGCAUAGAACCUUGUUUUAGAUACGAACUAUAUUUGCGAGAAAGUUUUUUGGUUAUCGACAACUAGGUUAGGUGUAGGUUAGAUUCAAGUUUACUUUCAGUAUAAUUCACAUUUUACAUAGAGCUUUUUAACUCGCAUAAAUACAACAUUCGCUAGAAAAGUUUUUGGUUGCUCUAGUCAAAAUCGAAAUUGUCGAGAAGAAUAUGUUAUUACUGACACGUCACUCUCUGCCUUACCGACAUCUAGGUUAGAUCUGAGUUGGGUUUGACUUAGCUUUCGUUUCGUUAAAAAUCCCUUUCGCAAACAUUGUUUCUAUGCGAAGUAAAGGUAUUUGCCUUUCUGCGUAAUCAGAUUUGACCGAUUUUCGGAAGUUCCUCUACCGAUGCGGGGAAGCACGCACCGCGCCGGACAGGUGAAUAGAUUUAGGGGAUGAGUUCGGUGAGCUUUCAUGGGGGGGGGGCGGUCGAUUUCAUGCCGAUUCUGUACAAUGAUUGAAAAAUUGUCGACUGAAUGGGUCGAAAUCGAAACAUCAAUUUUUGGCCUAUUUUCCCGUUUAAUUGGAUGCGAAAAUUCCGGGAAAUAUCUGGCACGUGUCCAACAUAUCCAGACACAUAUUCUGCAAUUUAAUUUCGACUUUCAAGUUCAGAAUCCUGGUUGCGAAAAAACAAGAACCUCAAAAUGAUCGUAGAAAUGCCUGACUUUUUGUUCGAGGAUGUUACGCGAGCAAACGACUUGACGGAAAUCGAUAAAUUUAUUGCAGACGGUGGGGGAGGGUUCCAUGCUAACUGGACGAAUCGGUGAAACGGGAAUCGCGACGCCAGUGUAUCCGGAAAAAAUUCGGAGCGGCAGCUUUUUGAAUGCGCUGUGCAAAUUGGUUGAACUCCAGGUUUCGAAGAAGAAAGAUCGCGGGACCGGUCUGGAUUUUGUGGCAUUGUAUUCAAUGAAUUAUGCUGCGCACACACGGUAUUCGGUCCUCCGUGUCUCUCCAGCGUUUCGUUUGAUGCUGUGUCAAUAAUAAACAGCGGAGAUGAAGAUUCUCAUCCAGGAUUGCAA